AAUACAAACAAGCCGCCGGACAUAGUGGAAUCGGUUGAACAUGCGAAUAAACGCUUGCUUGUGAUUUAACAUAAACUCAGCCUUCAUGAAUGCACGCUGUUAUUGUCUCUGCACUCUUUCGGAAGUGUCAGGGUUUGAUUGCGCGUGAACCAGGAUAAAUAUCCAGCACGCGUGACAAAUAGCUCAUCCUAGAGAAGGAAACGCACAGUAACACUCAAGUAUGGCGGACAGUAUGAUGAGUAAAGCCGCCACAAUGGAGAUUCCUAUUAGCAGUAAUGGGGACUCUCGAAAUCUGGCAGAAGAUGACAGUUUGGAGCAGGCUGCAAAGAUUCAGUGGAGCUUAAGAGAGAAGGACUUGCAGCAGGUAAUGGUGUCUGGGCCCAACUUAAAUGAGACCAGCAUCGUAUCAGGUGGUUACGGCGGUACAACAGAAGGCAUCAUUCCAACCAGCUCCAUCAAAGGGUCCAAUAUGGAUUAUGUCGGUAGCAAUUCCUCAAUGGCAGCAGAAGAAGCCACAAGAGGCGUUGCUGUGGAGAAAUUUGACAUAAUGAAGAAAUGGGGUCUGAACACAUACAAGUGCACCAAACAAAUGAUCUCUGAGAGGUUUGGCCGAGGAUCACGUACUGUGGAUUUGGAGCUGGAGGCUCAGAUUGAGGUUUUGCGGGAAACCAAACGGAAGUACGAGAAUGUGCUGCGUUUAGCACGAGCGCUAACCAACCACUUUUACAGCAUGGUGCAGACGCAACACGCCCUUGGAGACACUUUUGCCGACCUCAGUCAGAAGUCCCCAGAACUUCGGGAUGAGUUUGGAUACAAUGCAGAAACGCAAAAGUUGUUGUGCAAGAAUGGAGAGACUCUGCUUGGUGCCAUCAAUUUUUUUGUGUCCAGCAUCAACACACUUGUGAACAAAACGAUGGAAGACACACUGAUGACUAUCAAGAUGUAUGAGAAUGCCAGGCUGGAGUUCGACGCGUACAGGGCAGAUCUGGAGGAGUUGAACAUGGGCCCACGGGACGCUGUUACUAUGGCUCGUAUCGAGGCUGCUCAGCAGCAGUACCAGAUCCACAAGGACAAAUAUGAACGUCUCCGCAGUGAUGUCACCAUCAAAAUUAAGUUCCUAGAAGAAAAUAAGGUCAAAGUGAUGCACAAGCAACUUCUGCUGUUCCAUAAUGCCAUCUCUGCCUACUUUGCUGGAAACCAGCAGCAGCUGGAACAGACCCUCAAGCAGUUCAACAUUAAACUCAAACCACCAGGGGCCGACAAACCCUCUUGGCUGGAGGAACAGUGAAAGUGCUCCAUUACCCCUGGUUUCCUGUUGUAUUUCUUUAGCCCCGCAGAGCAACACAGUAGGACCCUGAGAGACCAGCGAUCUGAGAUGCUAGAAGAGACAAGGCUCCAACAGAGAGCCCCUUUCACACUAACUCUCUUUACACUUCUCUUCCUUUAUUCUUCUUCUCAUCCUAUUCCUGCUCUGAGACUGUUUUCAAGUGUCUGAAUUGUGACCAGUCCUUAAAGCUCCAAUCAAAUGUCAAGGGUAUCCAGUGCAAGCUUCAUCCUUAUAAAUGUCAUUAAACCGACUGAAAAAAAAACUUCUGAUAUAUCAGUCAGAACAGCA